GUCCUUACAAUGUCUUUGCGGCUUGUUGUUGCAGUGAGUGCUUGCUUGCCCCGCACCUUGCUUGGAGAGCUUGGCUCCUUGGGGAGUUGCACACACACCGGACCGGUAAUGUACGGGCUCUCGGGAAUAGCACAUGCACUGAAUAUGAGAAGUGUUCUUGGAGGAUCAGGAAUGAACCUGACUUUGUCGGGUGCUGUGGCAUCUCAUCAUUUGUAAACCGGUUUCGAAGCCCCUCGCAUCUCCGAGCAAGAGGGAAACCGUAUCUCCGCCGGGUAUAACGUACAUAUCAAGAAGAUUCGAUGUGCCGACGCUGAUCGGGUGUAUUUAUACUGCGUUGACAAGCCUCUCAGAGCACAAGCAAUAUCCCUGGAUCUGCCUGGAUCUGCCGCUUGUUGCCGAUACACCACUGUUGCUCAUCUAGACGAUUCCCCAAUCCCCAUACACUUCAACGACGGACUCUCAUCAUCAUCAUUCUCAUUCUCACAAAAUGGCUCCGAGGCUCUUUUGGAUUGGCCUAGGGAACAUGGGCCGAGGAAUGUGCAAGAACCUCGUGGAAAAGGGGAACCUCGACCAGCCACUGCUGCUCUACAACCGCACCAAGCAGCGCUCCAUUGAGCUCAGCGAAAAGCUCCCCACCGGCAAAACCGAAGUCGUCGACUCCAUCGUCGCGGGCGUUAGCCAAGCUGACAUAAUCUUCACCAUCCUCUCCAACGAUGACGCCGUUGAGGCAGCCGCAGGCGAGAUUCUCAAGGCAGGCGACGUCACAGGCAAGCUUAUCGUGGACUGUUCCACCAUUCACCCGGACACUACCUCGCGCCUCGCUAAAUCCUUUACUGAGUGCGGUGCCGAGUUCUUAGCGGCCCCGGUGUUUGGCGCGCCCGCCAUGGCUGACGCGGGCCAGCUAAUCGGCGUCCUGGCGGGCCCCAAAUCGGCGGUCCAAAGAGCCCGGCCAUAUUUCAAAGGCGUCAUGGCCCGGGGCGAGAUCGACAUGAGCGAUGAGCCCUUCGAGAAAGCCCUCAAGCUGAAGCUGAUCGGCAAUUCAUUCGUCCUGAACAUGGUGGAGCAGCUAGCUGAAGGCCAUGUCCUGGCCGAGAAGUCCGGACUUGGAACGCAGUACCUACACCAAUGGAUCGAGAACAUGUUCCCUGGACCCUAUGCCGCUUACUCAACCCGCAUGCUCUCAGGGGACUAUUACCGGCGGGAAUACCCGCUCUUCGCUGUGGAUCUGGCUAGGAAAGAUGCCGGGCAUGUCCUGAAUCUGGCGAAGGAAGCUGGAGUAAGGUUGAAAAAUGUAGAGACAGCGGACGCGCAUUUGAUCGCCGUCAAGGAGCACGCGGGUGAGAUGGGGGACUUUGCUGGGAUCUAUGGCGCUGUGAGGAAGGAGGCGGGAUUGAACUGGAGCAUCUUUAUCGGCAUGGUGAUAGUUGGCGCCAUGUGUUUAGCGGCAUGGUUCUUUUCACCCAAGGGCGAGAACCAAGUCCUUUGGCGCUCCUCCCUUAUCCUCUCCUUCGUCAGCUGUUUCCUCAUGUGGGCCAUCACUUUACUAUCCCAGCUCCACCCGCUCAUGGAGCCAAGACGAUCCGACCUGCGCAAGGAAUACGUUCACCACUGAGCUACACGUUGACAGACGAGGGGAGGACGUGGCGCGGGAUCAGCCGGGGGCAGUACUUGAGGGACAACCAUGGUUGUUGUUGUACGAAUACCAAUGUCAUUCAUAUAGGUAUAAGGAACAGGACGGCGUUCGGGGUCAGGGCCGGGGACAUUUAGGUUUUGCGCACCUUACAUUGGGGAAAUUGGGACUUGUACAGUCAAGCACUCCUGCAGAGGCAGCUAAUUCAAAGUUGCAUCAAACUUGGUCCCGGGGACAGGAAAAGACAACGUUAAUCGUCAAUC